AUGUUUUGUUAUCACCGUUACUGUAAACUAGGCAAAGAUCUUGACUGCAAAUGGGCAGAUGGAGACUUGAGACUAGGGACAAAGGCAAUUUGGAAGCUUGUUAAGAAUUGCCUCGAAGAUGAAGCCUGUAAGGGCGCCAUAGCAGAAGAUAGCUCCGAUGACUCCGAGGAGUCAGGAGAUGAGGUUUUAGAUACUGAGGAAGAGGCCGAAUUAGAAGAAGAGGCUGCUAGAUAUGAGGAAGAAAGAUACCCCACGGAUGGUUACGGACAAAACAGCAAAAGGUCUCAGGGACAGCGGCGUCAACCAGUCCUCUCGCAGGCUGUCCCUUCGGCGCCCCCUGCCUAUGAGAUGCAUCCGAAGCCGUACUCUUUUCUCCCAGAUAGGGUAAAAAGAAAGUUGCGCCUCGCUUACCCUGUCUUUGAAGGCGCUGAAGGAGGACGGGUUCAUGCACCCGUGGAAUAUAAUCAGAUAAAAGAGCUGGCAGAAUCAGUUAGAAAAUAUGGGGUUACAGCUAACUUUACUCUUGCACAACUAGAUAGACUGGCCAUGACAGCUAUGACACCAGCCGACUGGCAGAUGGUCGCGAAGGCGGCACUUGUCAGCAUGGGCCAAUACUUGGAAUGGAAAGCACUCUGGCAUGAGGCCGCCCAAGAGCAGGCCAGAUCUAAUGCGAUGGCCUUGACUCCUGAACAGCAACAAUGGACAUUUGACCUACUAACAGGCCAGGAUCAUUUUGCAGCUGAUCAAACAAACUACCAUUGGGGCGCCUAUCAACAAAUCGCCAGUUCGGCCAUUAGGGCCUGGAAGGCGCUCUCCAAGAAAGGAGGGAUUGAUAAACAGCUCACUAAAAUUAUUCAAGGGACCCAAGAGCCAUUUUCUGACUUCGUGGCCAGAAUAACCGAGGCUGCCGGUCGUAUUUUUGGUGAUUCAGAACAAGCCAUGCCUCUAAUUGAACAGCUUAUUUUUGAACAGGCCACCCAAGAAUGUCGUGGCUAUAGCCCCGAGGAAGAAUAAGGGAUUACAAGAUUGGUUUAG